AUGGGAAACGUCGCCGGUAGAUGUUUGUGCAAAGAUUUUUUUGACUCUCAAUUGGAGGAGAUAGCGAGAGCUAAAAAAGAAGAAUUAGGACAACAAUGCACAAACAACAAUGCAAGGCAAGACCAUACCUUUUCACUGUGGAAGAUCUCUGUAUUUUUAUUUUCGUUUGUCGCAGUCAUUAUUUUCUCUGAAGUUGUUGAUGAUAAUUAUUCGUGGCACGGCAUCAUAUUUGUGUCACUAUUCAUGGUAGGGAGCUAUAUGUUGUUCUACUUUGGAUAUGCAUGGUACAAACAUGAAGAUUUGCUUGUGGAAAAAAGCAAUGUUGGCAAGUUUUGUAGAGUGUGCAAAGCAGCUUAUAGGAAAAGGACUUUGGAAUAUUUAACCUCAGAACGUGGAUACUACUGGAAGAAUUAUAAGCAGGGACAUCUCUAUGAGGAUAACCAUGGCCAGGGUGGGGUUGUAAGGUUGUUACCGCGAGUACCUUGGGGGUUUGGAUGGUUGGAAAAAGCAGCUAUAAUUGACAAGAAACAAACUGAAAAUCAUGAUGUCAGUCCCCAUAUGCAAGAGACGAAAGGGGAGCUGUGCACAGUUAAGCAAGUGAGAGAAGCCAAGAGCACUGUUUUGUUGCUCUGUUGGGGGUUUUGCUUAUUCCCUUACAGUUUUGUUGCGGCUUCUGGGAACAGUUUUUUUGUUUCACAAGCGAGCAGUUUGAAAAGUGUCAUGCAUAUUGACAUUUCAUCUCUCUUCUUACUCGAGACCACCAUGACUGACAUGGUAAUACCAAUGUUUUUCCGGCUAGUGGAAAAAGCUAAUGUGGCUAAGAAGAUCAACAAGAUCAUCAUCAAAUUUGGAGCCAAGAGAAAAAUAAUAGAUUCAACUACCGUGAAGAUUGGUAUUGGAAUGUUUCUUGCUGCGAUUUGUUGUGUCUUCGCAUGGAGAGUGGAAAGACAUAUACUGUAUUCGACAGGAAUUAUGACUACAAAGGCCUUGAUUCCACAAUUUCUGUUGUUAGGAAUGGCGGAAGCGCUUGUUGAAGAUGGUCUAUCCAAGUUAUUCGAGAACUAUGCAUCGGAAUCUGUGAGGAACUUUGCUGAGCCAUUCAGUAAUCUGGUGAAUGGUAUAGGAAAACUCUUGAGCAUACCAUGGUUCUUGAUUUUCGACAGGUGGCUUUAUGAAUCAAACACCGCCAGCCGCCAUUUGGACAGAUAUUUUCUCAUGUUAGCAAUACUCAAUAUUGUGUUUCUUCUCGGUUUUUUAGUUUAUUAUUACAAGUUUGUGCACGAUAAUGAAUUUCCAGAUGACGAAGAAGAAGAAGAAGAAACAAUGAUGGAGCAAAUAUUGGUUGAAGGUCUAGAAUCAAACUUUGAAGAAGCAAAUGGUGAGCCAAAUUCGGCAACUAGCCCAGGGCCAGACGUUACCGAAGAGGAUAAGGAAAUUGAGAUGGAGCAAAUAUCAGAGCAUGAUCAUGAAAUAGAGUCAAUUUGA